GUUGCCCCUCAGUGGACAGAAAUGACAGCUGGAGCACCGCAGCCAUUAGCCAAACACUAGCCUACCGGAGUUUUACGACGGUCUGUGCACAGCUGAUGCUGCGUAAUUACCACUAAUCCUUCUGUGGUUUACAGCUGUAUGCUGCAUCUCGCUUAUCCUACGCUGAAUCCUAAAAAACAGGCAGCCUGCGUAUUUAUUCUGCAAAUUCACGAUGGUGUCGCUGCCGGACUACAGUGAAAAAUGGCCCAUAACAUCCACCGUACCCGUACAGUAAUAAUAUGCAGUAGGCUACAUAUGCACAGGCGAAAAUGGGAUGCAUCAGGGCUUAUGUGCAGAAAAUAAGACGCAGGAUAAAGCUGGACCGGCUCAGAGAGCUGGGCCGACAGUAUCCAGUCUUCUGCUUUCUGCUGCUGGUCCUGCUGCUAUCCACUGUUCUUUUAAACAGAUAUAUUCAGAUUAUAAUGGUGUUUUGGUCCUUCCUGGCUGGAGUUGUCACUUUUUACUGCUCUUUGGGGCCCGAGUCUUUGCUGCCCAACAUCUUAGUCUCCAUCAAACCAAAGACCAAGUCAUACCAGCAGGAGCUGUUUCCACUGGGGCACAGCUGUGCUGUUUGUGGAAAAAUCAAAUGCAAAAGGCACAGACCGACCCUAUUACUGGAAAACUAUCAGCCAUGGCUUGACCUGAAAGUUCCCUCAAAGGUUGAUGCUUCUCUUUCAGAGAUUCUGGAACUUGUUCUGGAAAAUUUUGUGUAUCCUUGGUAUAGAGACGUAACGGAUGAUGAGGCGUUUGUUGACGAGCUGAGAGUGACUUUGCGUUUCUUUGCAGCCGUGUUAGUCCGCCGAACUCAGAAGGUGGACGUGGCAUCCCUCAUCACACAAAAGCUUCUUAAAGUUUCCAUGAAGCACAUCGAAAUAAUAAGCAAAGCCAGGCAGAAAGUAAAGAACACAGAAUAUCUCCAACAAGCUGCCCUGGAGGAAUACGGUCCUGACCUUCAUGUAGCACUUCGCGGUCGCAGAGAUGAGCUUCUCUACCUCAGGAAGCUGACUGAGAUGCUUUUUCCCUACAUCCUGCCACCCAAGGCUACAGACUGCAGAUCUCUUACUCUCCUAAUAAGAGAAGUCUUGGCUGGUUCUGUCUUCCUUCCUUCAAUGGACUACUUGGCUGAUCCUGACACAGUGAAUCAUUUACUUUUGAUAUUCAUCGACAAAUCCCCUCCUGAGGAAGCCACUGAGCCCGCUUCAACAUUGGUUCCUUUCCUGCAAAAGUACUCUGAUACUCGCAACAAAAAGCCCUCAGUGCUAAAGCUUGAGUUGAAGGAAAUCAGAGAACAGCAAGACCUUCUCUUUCGGUUCAUGAACUUCUUGAAGCAAGAGGGGGCUGUCCAUGUGCUCCAGUUCUGCCUUGCAGUCGAGGAAUUCAACGAUAGGAUACUGUGCCCAGAGCUGUCAGACUCAGAGAAGAUGAUGCUUCACGAGGAGGUGAAGAAGAUCUAUGAGACUUACUGUUUGGACGAGAGUGUUGACAAGAUCCUCUUCGACCCCUUUAUCGUAGAAGAAAUACGCAACAUUGCAGAGGGCCCACAUGCAGAGGUGGUGAAACUGCAGACCAUGAGGUGUUUGUUUGAAGCCUAUGAGCAUGUACUGUCCCUCCUGGAGAAUGUUUUCACCCCCAUGUUCUGUCACAGUGAUGAGUAUUUUCGCCAGCUUCUGCGAGGGGCCGAGUCCCCUGCCAGGAAUUCCAAGAUGAGCAGAAAUAGCCUCAGUUUGGAUGACAUUCGGAACACGUCAAAGAGGGGCGAGUCCUUUGGGAUCAGCCGCAUUGGCAGUAAGAUCAAAGGAGUGUUCAAGAGCACAACCAUGGAGGGAGCCAUGCUGCCAUCCUACGGGCUGGUAGAGGGAGAGGAUGAUAUGGUGGAGGAGGCCAUGAUGGUGCUGGAGGAUGAUUCCCCCAUGGAGGUAGCCUCUACCCCCAGCACGCCAAGAAACCUCUCAGCCUGGAACAUCACCAUCCCUUACAUUGAUUUCUAUGACGACGAUGUGAAGAGGGAGAGGAUUCCUGUGUUCUGUAUUGAUGUGGAGCGCAACGACAGGAAGGCAGUGGGACACGAGACUGAGCACUGGUCUGUAUACAGAAGAUAUCUGGAGUUCUAUGUGCUUGAAUCAAAGCUCACUGAGUUUCAUGGCUCAUUUCCAGACGCACAGUUGCCUUCGAAGAGAAUUAUUGGCCCCAAGAAUUAUGAGUUCCUCACAUCGAAACGGGAAGAGUUCCAGGAGUACCUCCAGAAACUUCUCCAGCAUCCAGAGCUGAGCAACAGUCAGCUCCUUGCCGACUUCCUGUCUCCACAUAGUAUGGAGUCCCAGUUCCUGGACAAGAUGUUGCCUGACGUGAACCUGGGGAAAAUCAUUAAGUCAGUUCCCAGCAAACUGAUAAAAGAGAAAGGGCAGCAUCUGGAGCCUUUCAUCCAGUCUUUCUUCAACUCCUGUGAAUCUCCCAAACCCAAACCCAGCCGCCCUGAGCUCACUAUCCUCAGCCCUACCUCAGAAAAUGAUAAAAAGCUUUUCAACGACCUCUUCAAAAACAAUGCCAACCGAUCAGAAAUGACGGAGAAGAGACACAAUCAGAACUACUUCAUGGAAAUGAUCACUGUUGAAGGGGUUUAUGACUACUUAAUGUAUGUGGGCCGAGUCAUCUUCCACAUCCCUGACUGGCUGCACCACCUGCUAAUGGGUGGCAGGAUCCUGUUCAAGAACACCCUGGAGGCCUACACAGAUUACUAUCUACAGUACAAACUGAACCAGGUGGUCCAGGAGCAUCGGCUAGUCUCACUCAUCACCCUGCUUAGAGACACAGUUUUCUGUGAGAGUAGUCCACCCCGCUCGACUCAAGACAAACAGAGGAGAGCAAAGAAGACUUUCGAAGAGAUGAUGAGCUACAUUCCAGACUUUCUAGGUAAAUGUAUUGGCGAAGAGGCCAAGUAUGAGGGAGUACGUCUCCUCUUCGAUGGCUUGCAACAGCCAGUUCUCAACAAACAGCUGACAUAUGUGCUCCUUGACAUCGCCAUUCAAGAACUUUUUCCUGAGCUAAACAAGCAGGUACAGAAGGAGACGUCUGUGAUGGCUCCAUGGAUGUAAAAUGAGCAGCUCAAUGGACACGAUCAGACAUGUUUGUCACGCAUUAAUUCACCCUACACUACUGCAAAAGGCUUUUGUUGCUCAGCUUACCUAAAACUAACAUGAAGAUCACAUGUACAGUAUCUGGGAACACGAGGCUUCCCCUGCUGUAUAUGCCAUUUACUUUGUAAAAAUAAAAUUAUGUAAAUAAAUGAUAGAUCAGUGUGUGUGUGUAAUUAUUCCUAAAUAUAAAAGCAAACGGUGUAAAAGUAUACAUCUGUUUGACAUCUGCAGGUGGUUGUAGCAGUAGUUAGUAAAACUUUAAAUGUAUGACUUUUUCUAUUUAACACUUAGAUAUUGUUAUUUUUAUUAAGUAUUUCAUCAACUGCUGUGAAUCUCCUGCUGAAAAGUCUCACCUAAUGUUAAAGGCUGGAACAACCCUCGCUGGAAGAGUUAUCAGGAAAACUCAGUCCACACAAAGUGUUUUUCUGGGUUUUUUUUUGUUUUUUUUAUCAAAUACACCACUUCACCAUUUGUAGUCUCCAAAACUAUCUGUUAAGCCCCAUGUACCCUGAGGUGGUUGACUCUUAUGGCUAAUUCAGUGCUUCAUUUUUGAGUGACAGGGAGGAGGGGGGACAACUCAACUUGCUCUAUGACAACUAUAGAAGCUAAAGAUGGUAAAGACGAUGCCACAUCCAAACUUAGCAGGAGAAAGUCUGAAUGAAGCUCUCUGUCUCAUUGCGUCUCUGAAAGUUCUACAUCCUGAUUGGCUGGCUGCUGCUCGUUUCUGUAAACAAACGACAUUUCUUAAUUAUGGCGUCGUUAUUAUGUCCCACCACCAUGGGACAUGGUAAGCAGGACAUUAUGUUGUCAUUCUUGUGAACACGAUAACUCAAGAACACAUAGUAGAAACUUAACAGGUA